GAGAAGUGAACUCGUGCCUGGUGAAGGUGCCAGAGAAGAGAGAGGAUGGCCACAACAUGGCUCUGGUUGAGAAUGUCAGCAACCUUCAGAAGAGCCAGGAUCUGCUGGAGGCAGAAGGAGGCAAGAAGACCAUGAUGAAGAAGAUGAUGAGGCAGAUCCAGGAGGAGCCACUGGAUUCACUGUCAAGCUCCGUCCGCCGGCAGGCCAUGGAGAUCCUGACCCAGCUGAGCCACACUCAGCCCACCCUGGGCGUGCGGGAGAGGUUGGAGCUGGUGAACACGUGUGUGCAGAGCGUGUUCUCCCUGCCCUCCGUGCAGGCCAUGCAGGAGAAGGAUGAGGCCAAGGCUGAGACCAUCCAGACUCUUUACCAUCAGACCCUGGAGGCCCUGCAGACGCUGCUCAAAGCCCUCUUUGCUGAGGACCCCACUCCUGCUGGACUGAAGAGCAUCUUGGAGCCGCUGGGGCCCUGGAUGAACUCCGGGAAGGCCCAUGAGCGAGCACGGGCUGUGAACAGCAACGUCUCUGUGUUGAAUCACGUGCUUCUAACUCUGCCUUUCUUUGUGCCCUUGGGGUUCCCGGCACUGGGACUUCUGCUGGGGAGACUCAUCCUUCGCGUCGGGGAUCCUGAUGAGGAGAUCGGCCGGGAGGCUCUGGAUGGCAUCGUCACCCUCUACACCAUCCUGGAUCUCCAGAAACGAGCCAAAGAUAAGGAAGAGACCAACAAGAAGGAGCUAUAUGAGAGCAACAAGCGUUUCCUGGGUCCCUACAACUCAGUGAGCCCGUGCCAGAACAUCCUGCGGGUGAUCGCGGAAUUUGGAGACUUCCUGGGGCCCCAGCAGGUAAAGGACCUGCUGCUGGCAGCCCUGGAAGGGCUGAAAGGCAGCUCAGAGGCUUCGGGGAAGGACUCCGGGGAGACGAUGCAGCUGGCCUCGGAGGUCACGCUCAGCUGGGUGCUAGAGUGGUACCGCCACAGGGUGCUGGAGGUGAUCCCAGAAAUCAUGCAGGGCAUCUACCUGCAGCUGAGCCACAUCCAGGAGCCUCGGGCCCGUGAGGUGGCCCUGCUGCCCGUCUCCCUCCUGGCCAGCUCCUUCAUGACCGAGGUCGUGGUGGCCCUGCUCAUGUGCCCCCUCCCACUGGACAGCAAUGGAGCAGAUAUGUGGAGGCAGCUGAUACUGCGCAAGCCCAGCUGUGAUGUCCGAGACCUCCUGGAUCUGCUCCUGGGCAGCCUGAAGGAGAAGCCUGUCACCAAGAAGGGCCGGGCUUCCAUCGUGCCCCUGGCGGCAGCCAGUGGCCUGUGCGAGCUCCUGUCUGUCAACAGCUGCAUGGGCCGCGUGCGGCGCAUCUACCCCCAGCUGCUCCUGGCCCUGCUCAUUCAGGUCCAUUACCACAUCGGCCUCAGCCUGCCUGGCUGCAUGGCUCCUCUCAAGGACGCCCAGAAGGACACACAGCCCUCUGCCUUCGUACCUGUGCGCUGGGUGGUGAAAGUGGUGAAAACCCUGCUGCUGAGGAUGGGCUGCUCUUACGAGGCCACGUUUCUGGAGGAGCAGGGUGGCUGGGAGCUCAUGGAGCAGGCGGAGAGCCACCACCGUGGAGUGGCCCUGCUGGCAAGGGCCAUGGUGCACUACUCCUGCCAGGAGCUGUGCCGCAUCCUCUACCUGCUCAUCCCACUCCUGGAGCGAGGAGACGAGAAGCACAAGAUAACAGCCACUGCCUUCUUCGUGGAGCUCCUCCAGAUGGAGCAGGUGCGCCGGAUCCCUGAGGAGUACUCUCUGGGACGGAUGGCAGAAGGCCUGAGCCACCGUGACCCCAUCAUGAAGGUGCUGUCUAUCCGAGGCCUGGGCAUCCUGGCACGCAGGACUGAGAAGACCGCCAAGGUGCAGGCCCUCCUGCCCUCCAUAGUGAAGGGCCUGAAGAAUGUGGAUGGGAUGCUGGUGGUGGAAGCGGUCCACAACCUCAAGGCCGUCUUCAAGGGGUGGGACCGGAAGCUGAUGGACAGCACGGUCUAUGUGGAGAUGCUGCAGAUCCUGCUGCUGCUCUUCAGCGACUCACGAGAGGAUGUGCGCUCCUCCUGCAUCAACCUGUAUGGGAAGGUGGUCCAGAAGCUUCGGGCACCACGCACCCAGGCCGUGGAGGAGCAGCUGAUCAGCACCUUGGUGCCCUUACUGCUGACCAUGCAGGAGGGCAACGCCAAGGUGAGCCAGAAAUGUGUGAAGACCCUGUUCCGCUGUUCUUGCUUCAUGGCUUGGGAAUUGCCAAAAAGAGCAUACAGCCGGAAGCCCUGGGACAACCAGCCACAGACCGUGGCUAAAAUUUGCAAGUACCUUGUGAGUGCUCCCGGGAGUACAGUGGUUGCUUACAAGUGUGUUGGAAGGGGGGAACUCUGUGUCUCUCUCUUCCCUCUUUCUCCACCAGCACCCUGUUUCCAUGACCAACUACAAGCUGUUGGCUCUGGAGCAUUCAUCUCCGCCUCUGGCUUCUCUCCCGACUUCGUCUUAACAGGAAGCAUCUCCCUUCCCCAUGACGCAGCUCUGGAAAACUUGAGACAUGACCCAGAAGCAUCAGUGUGCAUCUAUGCGGCCCAGGCUCAGGACCACCUCCUGGCCAGCUGCUGGCGGAACUCCUGGCUGCUGCACGGGGACUCUGGGGUGUGUGACCCGGCCACCACGCACCAUUGGAGCCCCAGCUGUGAGAACCUGCCCACUUCCCACCAGCGGCGCUCCUGGAUCAUGCAGGCACUGGGCUCCUGGAAGAUGUCCUUGAAGCAGUGAUGUCCCUAAGCCUCCAGCCCUCUUACAGGGCGGUUGAGCCCCAGCUGUGCUCCCUAUAAAUGUUAUGUGGUUUACUCUCU